GACGGAAACAACCCAGCGCGCGGGCCGAGCUGGCUGGCAAUUAAAGCUGUAGCCAAUCACAAGGGCAGGAAGUGCAGCACUAGACGCGUUUCAGAACGAUCGGCGCGCUCGCAGGCAGUGUCUGGCGGCAGCCAUGCCUUACAGCCGGGUUACGUGCACAACGACUCCACGCUCCAUGGCAACAAGCAUGAUUAAUAAGUGGCCUGCAACCUUCACCAUUCCUUUCAACUCGGGAAGCAGUCGGAGGCCUGCCAACAUCCCUCUCCACAACUUGAGCUCGUCCUCACGGCCCCGUGACGGCGACUCCGCUUAUCUGCUUGACAACGAUAAGGACAGCGCGCGGUCCUCCUUCGACACACCUUCCUCGCACUCCGACGACCUCUCGCUCUGGAGUGAUACCGGCGACCUCGUCGACCAGCUUGCCGCCCAAGAAGACCCGCUUGCCAUCCGCUUAGAGCGCCAGCUUCCUCCGCAGCGACGACACCAGAAGCGUGCCCGCUUCGCGUCGCAGGACAGCCUCCACGAAAAGGGCCACAAAGCCCUCAGACUCGAGGACAUCGAGAUCCCAGACCCAGGUCCACGUACCAUCAACAAGGCAGAGAGACUCCUCGCUCGUAUCAUGGCGCCCAACGAUGGGCCCUCCCGUAUUCACGGGCUGCACGGGAAGAAGCUCAUCUACUUCACCAGUGUCUUCGUGUCACUGGGUGUAUUUCUGUUUGGCUAUGACCAGGGAGUCAUGUCCGGAAUCAUCACGGGCAUCUACUUCAAGGAUUACUUCAACCAGCCCACCGCUGUCGAGCUCGGCAGCAUGGUGGCUAUCCUGGAAGUCGGUGCUUUCAUCUCGUCCCUAUUGGUAGGCCGUAUUGGAGAUCUUCUCGGACGUCGCAGGACCAUCAUGUACGGUUCAAUCGUGUUUGUCGUUGGCGGCGCGCUUCAGACUUUCGCCAAUGGCAUGCCCAUGAUGCUUCUAGGCAGAAUCAUCGCCGGUCUCGGCGUGGGAACACUGUCCACGAUAGUACCCGUGUAUCAGUCUGAGAUCUCGCCGCCCCACAACCGUGGAAAGAUGGGCUGCAUCGAGUUUACUGGCAACAUUGCCGGGUAUGCAUGCAGUGUCUGGGUCGACUACUUCUGCAGUUACAUCAAAAAUGACUAUGCCUGGAGAAUCCCCUUGUUUAUGCAAUGCGUCAUGGGCACUCUGCUGGCUGUGGGCAGUCUGCUCAUCUGCGAGUCGCCGAGGUGGCUUCUUGACAAUGAUCACGACGAGGAGGGGAUUGUAGUAAUUGCUAACUUGUAUGGAAAGGGUGAUAUUCACAAUCCCAAAGCGCGCGAUGAAUACCGAGAAAUCAAGAUGAACGUGUUGCUGCAGCGUGCAGAAGGCGAACGCUCAUACACGGACAUGUUCAAGCGCUACUACAAGCGUGUCUUUAUUGCCAUGUCCGCUCAAGGCCUCGCGCAACUCAACGGAAUCAACGUCAUCUCGUACUAUGCACCUCUCGUUUUCGAAGAAGCCGGCUGGUAUGGGCGCCAGGCGAUCCUCAUGACUGGUAUCAACGCGAUCACUUAUCUUCUAUCAACAAUCCCGCCAUGGUACAUUGUAGACACCUUGGGCCGUCGGAAGAUUCUGCUCUCCGGAGCGUUGAUGAUGAUGGUAUCGCUAUCUGCUAUCUCAUACUUCAUCUUCCUGCAGGCGAGCUGGACACCCAACAUGGUCGUCAUCUCUGUGAUGAUUUACAACGCGGCAUUCGGAUAUUCGUGGGGUCCCAUCCCGUGGUUGUACCCGCCGGAGAUUCUGCCUCUCAGCAUUCGUGCAAAGGGUGCCAGUCUGAGUACAGCAACUAACUGGGCCUUCAACUGGCUGGUGGGAGAGAUGACACCUAUUCUUCAGGAGCGUAUUCAAUGGCGCUUGUACCUCAUCCACGCAUUCUUCUGCGCUGCAAGUUUCGUCAUUGUCUACUUCAUCUACCCCGAAACCGCCAACGUCCGCCUCGAAGACAUGAACUCUCUCUUUGGAGACGCUACAACACAAGCAGCCACCGAGCAACAGCGAGCAGAAGUCGAAUCUUUGAUGAGUGGCAGCGGUCGUGGCCGUGGAUCCGAGCGCGGCGGCCCUCAGCUCGCUGCGGAAGCUGCUAUUCCCGGUCUUGACAUUGAGCCACCUGACCUCAAGAACGGCAGGUCUCCCCCUAAGUCCGAGAACGGGGACGGUGUUGGCGGUUGGAUUUCGAACAUUGUCAACAGAGGCAAGGGAGACAACGACGGCGCAGGUGGCAAGUACAAGCGCGUCGGUCAAGACGAAGAUUAGACGAUGGCAACACUUCACUGAUUGGCAUUUUCUGGACAUUUUUGCAUACUCUGCACACGGUUGCAAGCGACUCGGUUUUAUAUCCACGAGCCCUGCUCGGCAUGUAAGUUUUCGCUGAUAGAAAGGGGUGGGGCAUUUGUUAGAGGUCAAAGCUGGAAGGCCCGAAUUGGCGCGGUAUGGAUUUGAGUGACGUGAGACGGCGAUUCGAUUGUCAAUAAAAGCUGUUCUGGUCUCAUCGUGUUUUGGCUACAGUGCUAGGAGAUCUCCAGACGUUUGACAUGCUUGACGUGACUGACGUCCGAAGUAGUUUGCAAGACUGCAACAGAUGAAAGAACGGAGCCCCUCGCCUGCAUCUCGCACAAGGCGUCCAUCGCCCCUUUGCAGUCGUCGAACACGAACGCGUGUGUCAGCUUUCACGUGAGGACAGAGUGUCAAUAAGCUUCCCCUAACAGCUGCGUGGGCCGAGCUCGGGUUUAGCUUGAACCAUUGAAAU